AGCAUAGACCUCUAGUUGUGAGCACAGUAUACAAGACCAUGAACGGACCAAGCCGGUUCUGAACUUUCGUUUCGUGGGUUUAUUAAAGGCAUCCACAUUUUAGCGGGUGGCGGGUGUAGCUAUUGUAUAAUUCAAAGUUAUUUUUAAGAUUUUGAAAAAAAAACCUGUCAUUUCCAGAGAAAUGUUGUAAAUUUAAGAAUCAAUAUAAAUUUUACCUAUUUCAUAAUAUUUUUCAAGAGCUUGACAUUGGUAAAGAAUAGAAAAUAGUUUAUAUUUACAACAGCCUUAUUCAACGACAUCCCCCGGUAAGGAGCUCUCGUGUGACUGGAAUCAAAUUUAUUCCCCUUUCACUUCAACAUGGCUGCGCCCUGUUGCCCUGUUUACCUUCCAAACAUCAAGGGUAUUUACCGUUACUCCCUGUGCCGACUGCCGACACAACAACAUCGCAGAUAACAAUAACAUGAAGAAGUGACGGUUCGCACGCCCGGUAAUUUCUACCGCCCGUCAUUAUUCUCACGGUAGCCAUUCUCACACGUUCUGACUUUUUCUGCUGGAUGGAGGCAGCAUUUUUUCUGUUCACAAGGAUUUACAGUGUAGUGUCCAGUGUUUUAGGGUCUAGAAUCUAGAUCUAGAAUCUAAAUCUAGAUCUAGAUCUAGAUCUAGAUUUAAAUCUAGAUCUAGAUCUAUAUAACAGUCUAUAAUAUACUAGAUCUAGAUCUAUCUAACGACUAACGAAGUUGUUUCAAGUAGCCUAGUCGCCGCGGCUCAACAUUAAAUAGAUCUAGUAGUUCUAGAUUCUAGAUCUAAGAUUUAGCUUCGUGAACUGUAUAUAUAUAUAUAUAGAAUCUAGAUUGAAAUCUAGAUCUAGAUCUAGAUCUACAGCGUUUUUCCUAGUUUUUGAAGCUUAAAUCUAGGAGAAAACAUUGAUGCAGAGAUCAUCAUCAUUUUGAUUACAAUGGCUUCAAGUUCAAAGUUUCAACAUCUGAUUGGGAGCUUCAGGAAGAAGUUUAUUCUACCAGGAUCCAAAGUUGUCCAAUGGUUUCCUGGUCAUAUGCAAAAAGGGUUGUUGCAAAUUCAAGCAAAGCUUAAGAGUAUUGAUUGCAUCAUAGAAAUCCAUGAUGCUAGAAUUCCUUUCUCUGGCAGAAACCUAAGGCUUAGGGACAUCAUAAAUUUGCGUCCUCAUAUUCUGUUGCUCAACAAGGUCGAGCUCACAGAUUUAUGUGCUGACAGAAAAAAAGAUAUAUUGAAAAAACUAAAAGAUCAAGAGGUGGACAGUGUUUUUUUCACAAACCUUCGAAAGCGAGAGCAUGUUGACCUGCUUAAAUCAGAGGUCUUACCCACAGCUAUGCAACUAAUUGACUCUCAUCCCCGUUACAACAGAGAAGGAAUUGAUGAAUACAAUAUUCUUGUUGUUGGAGUGCCAAAUGUUGGAAAAUCCACGUUCAUAAACUCCCUGAGAGCAAUCCAAAUGAAGAAAAGUGGAAAGGCAACCACUGUAGGUGCCAAAGCUGGUGUUACAAAAAGUGUCCUGACCAAAAUAAAGGUUAAUUCCACCCCUCCAGUUUUUGUCAUUGACACUCCGGGUAUUAUGCCACCGAAAGUGCCUGGACUAGAAAUAGGUAUGCGCCUUGCAGCCUGCUCCUGUUUACCUGAUCAGUUAGUGGGACAGGUAAACAUAGCUGACUAUAUUCUCUUCUGGUUGAACAGUCGUAGGUAUUUUGAUUAUGUUGAUUUUUUCGAACUUGGUGCACCCUCUGACAAUAUCCUGGAUGUGCUAGCCAAGAUAGCUGUGCAAAACAGGAAAAUAAUCAAGAUAAGAGAUAUGGCUACAAACAAGUUUGUAUUCCGUCCAAAUAAUGAUGUUGCUGCACAGAUGUUUUUUACAGCUUUCAGAGAAGGAAAUCUUGGAAAAUUUGUGUUGGACGAUGAUGUUUGUUGAAUAUCUUGAACAUUUUUUGCCAGCAUCAAACAGUGCAAACCCCAAGUACACUGACAGUUGUUGUGAAGUUUUUCUUCAUGCAAGUCUUUAGUAACACAUUAUAGCCUUCCCUGAUCUCAAGCAGCAGUGGAGUGGUUUGAAUUUAAAUGCCUCACUUUUUCCAUUAUAAAUAUAAUACCUAAUUGUCCACUAACAUGUAUUUACUUUACCUUUAUUGCUACUCAGUGAGCACGAAAUGAAUUUUAUAUCACAUUCUUUUUUUCACUCUUCCCGAAAUUCAUGGAAUUCCAACAAUGUGCAGGGCUAUUGCUAAUGAAUUGUUUUAAAUUUUCUAUUUUUCUACAGUAUAACACAGAUAACUCGAAUUUGUCGGGACUGGCCUAGGUAGUUCAAGGGAUCUUAAGUGUGAAGGAUAACUUACAAAGAUAGAAAGAGUAAAAAGGGGACAGCAGGCACAGUUCGACGCAGACAUGAUUUCAAGUCUUCUGUGUUCGACCUAUCCAUGUUAUACUGUAGUUUGGUAGUGCUGUGUUGUGUAGGCCUGCUCCUUUUUGUAAAAUUGGAUUACAGUUAUUUCUUGGAAAUUCAAACUUGGUAUCAUUAAUGUAAAACUUUUUCCUCCCUCUGAAGUAGAUCUUAAACUGGUUCUCAUACUGAUUGGCAUAGUUAGAAAAAGAGAUGAAGCAAGACAAAUUUGAAAUCAUUAAUUGUGUCACAAUGUGGUGGAACCAGUCUCUCAUCAAUUUUAGGGGAUAUAUGGAGUUAUUGGCAUCAUCUUUAAGCGUGCUCAUUUGUCUUGCUUCCAAUGAUCAAAAUAUCCGAAUCUAUCCAUCUUUUGUAUGUUUGUCACUCUCUCUCUUGUGAACUGUUAUUUCCGGGUUGCCUUGAUAGUCGAAGCAGACUCUGUGCUGUUGGGGCUAGAGAGGUGAGCAAAGUAAGCCUGAUUCCCCAUUUGGACUUCUCUGUUGACAUCCACCCCUUGGCUCUCAUAUGACCCAAUGCAGUUGCUAAACCUUACUAAAGACUAAAGCUAAAAACAAAAAAAGACAGAAGUAGUAGGAAAAGUACAAAAUACAGUAGCACCCAAGAUAAAGAGUAUCAACACCAGACAAGUUAAUUUAGUAAAAAUCAAAUGUGCUUUUACAGGAACAACCAAACUGGUCUCAGAUAGAGGUGGCGAAUGGUGUCCCUGUUGCUCUACUUUUUAUCAUAAUAUACAACAUUUAUACAAACUGCUACAUUUCCCUUCUUUUUCAAUGAAAAUCUUGUUGUGAUCCAAAAAUUUCUUCUUAACAAACUCCCUCCAAAAAAACUCCCUGUACUUUGAGAUUUUUCAAGAUCUUUACUGGUAGCCUACCGGUUCUCAGUUUUCUUCUUCCUAAUGUUACUGUUUUUUACAUGCUCUGGCUUCAGUUGUCUGUAAGUUGUUGAAACAAACAUGGGAAUAACCUUGGUGCUGCUUUUCCAGUUUUUUUAGGUGUUGUGUAUGUUAAAUCAGAAGACAUUGUUGCUUCAUUUCAACCGUGCAGUGUGUUAGUGUUAUUUAUACAUACAUGUUUGUGAUUUUAGUCAUUACGCUUAAUUUUGCGAUACUAGAUCUAAGUGUCCACUUCAUUUCUUUUGCAGGUUUCUGUCAAUAAAAAGUCUCAAUUAUUUGUCAAAACGAAGGUACCAUUUUGUCUUUCCCUGUAUCGUGGUACCUCUUUGUUGCCGAAUGUUACACAUGUCUGCCGAAUUAUCUUUUUUUUAGUUUCUCUUAGUGACAAUCUUUCUUUUCGUUACGGUCAAGAUAUACAGCCAGGCACAGAUAGCACGAACUCAGAAGAGACGAAAUCACGGAUAGCUCAUACAAUUUGCCAUUUCCCUACUCGUCUCUCUCAGUUUUUUGCUAUCGAUUAACUGGGAUUAUUGAUUAGUUAAUUCCUGAUGUGCUUCAGUCAUAAUCUGUGCUUAGGUGUAUAACACAUUAUAUAGUUUCUUGAACUUGCCUUUUUGGUGUUUGAGCAACGUUUAUGUGUGUACAUGUAUUAGUAUAUAUAGUAUAAUAGAGGACUUAUUCAAACUUUGACUUUCCCUUUCUCGAAAUAGAGAUUCUUCCACACAUCCUUGACUCUUUUGUGUGCUAGUCUAUGAGUACCUGUGUGUGCAUGUAGAAUUUGCAUGGAUGAAUAGCAUAAUUUUCCUUUUAAAUUUAUUUCUGAUACAGGCUAAUUUACUCAUGUCUAAAAAUUGAUAAUACUGCUUAAAUAAAUUUUUGUUUUUAAAGGUGAUAAUAUCUGGCGCAAUUGCUGAUUUUUGUGUAGACUGUGUUGUCUUUGAUUCCAGUGCAUGCCAUCUUGUUCUCGUUCAUCUUUAAAUGGACGUCCAAGUCGCUUAUGCUAAGACUCCUUUUUGCCGCUAGUCCUCCAGGCUCCCAUUGAGUUUUAGGUCAGAUUUGAUUUGAGUAGCUGCAGUUUUCAGAGUUCAUAGCAAUUUUUCAGCUUUGCAGUUUGUCGCACAAAGUCUAAGUUCAUGCAGUAAUAAAAAAGUGUAGGCCCUACCUAUACACAGUUUUUUGCAUUUUACGACUGUGAUUGUUUGGGUUUUUCAAUAAUGAGAAAAU